AUGGCGACCGCAACCGAGAACGACACUGCCCCUGCCAUCGACGAGAAAACCGCUGCGCAGAAUGGCGAUGUUGUCACUGUCUUCCACGACCCUGAAAAUUUUAAUGUCAAGCAUCCUUUGAUGAAUGAAUGGACUUUGUGGUUUACGAAGCCUCCCAGUGGCAAGGGUGACAACUGGAACGACCUUCUCAAGGAAGUUGUGACAUUCAGCUCAGUCGAAGAAUUCUGGGGUAUCUAUAACAACAUCACUCCGACCUCCGAACUCGGCCUCAAAGCCGACUACCACCUCUUCAAAAAAGGCAUCCGCCCCGAAUGGGAAGACCAACAAAACAAACACGGCGGCAAAUGGUCCUACUCCUUCAAGGACAAGCGCGCUGUCCCCAUCGACGAACUCUGGCUUCACGCCCAACUCGCGGCGAUUGGCGAAACGCUCGAGAACGACGACGACAACGAGGUCAUGGGCGUUGUGGUCAAUGUUCGCAAGGGAUUCUAUCGUAUUGGUCUCUGGACUCGUACCGUCGGCAAGAGUCUCCCCGGCGACAAGAGCACCGAGGCUCGCUCCGCUGCAAAGGGGAAAGAGGUGUUGGAGAGUAUCGGACGUCGUUUCAAGGAAGUCUUGCGUCUGAAGGAGGCGGAUGUCGUUGAGUUUUCGGGCCAUACCGAUAGCGCACACAGUGGCAGCACUCGUGCCAAGGCUAAAUACAGCGUUUAA